CUGGUUAGGUCUCCUAGCAACUGGAUGCAGGGGCCAUGGCACUCCUAACAGCCCAGGGAGUGAAAAAAGUCUUCCAAUUUCAGAAACCAGAAGGUCGGGAGCACCUGCGGAGACUGCUGAACUGGGAAGAGUUUGACGAGCUCAGGGACUCCCGCAGAAGCAUCCUGCUGGACACCCUCUAUGAAAGCAUCAUCUUUGCUGUGGGCAAAGGCUUCCCAUGGCGGGAGGUGGCGCAGGUGGUCAAGUUCACGGAAGAGCUGCUCAAGGAAACCAAAGGUUGCUCCAUCACCGAGGCCGUGACAAUCCUGGGAAACAAGCUCAGAGAUUACCAGGGGCAGUUCAACACCACCCACCUGCUGGCCCUGUGUGACUACUUCCACAACACCUUCAUCCGCCACUACAAACUCUACCAGUACGUCCUGGGCCAGGACCGGGAUGUCAACCUGACUGUUACUAACCUGGAGGUGUGCACGCCGCCCCAGCUGCUCCCACUGGCCGAGGGCAAGGACCGGGAAGUCUGGAAGCACGAGCAGCAGCUGGAGGAGCUGAGCACAGCCGAGGUGCAGAAGCGGACCAACAUGCUGCUGCUGAAGGGGGCCCUGCGCCUAGAGCAGCAGCACCUGCUGCAGGAGACAUUCUCCGAGCUGCCUGGGCAGCGGCACCAGACUCUGAACAGAGAAGAGCUAGAGAAACUCAUCACUGAGGCCAUUCACAUCCAGAUCGAGUGCCUCAAGGAGCUGCUGCAGUAUGAGAUACAGAUAACCUUUGAUAUUUUGGACCUGAAACUUCAGAAGAAGACUCUAAACCUCAACGCUCCCAUCCCUCCCUUGGCCCCCAUUGCUGGUCAGUCAGGCCAAGACGAAGCUCUUAAGUUGUCCAAAACCAACAAAGGGAAGAAAGCAAAAGCAAAGAAGUAGAAGGCCCCUGAUGUCUACUGUCUGAACACUCUGAUUGAGGAAGAGCCAUUUUCAAUUAUGAAAAGAUUAUGUGAUGCGCUCGGCACCCAAUAGGUCAGAGAUUUCUAGUGAUUAAAAGAAAGACAUGGAAGUCCUGGCUGUGGAACUUGUUGAAUG